AUGCCCCUCUCCCACCUCACAUUGACAGUUUCCCACCUCCCAACGUCCACAUCCUUCUUUCUGUCAUGUCUGCAGCCCCUCGGCUACAAAUUCAUCGGCCGUCAUGACGAAUACAUCGGUUUCGGCUCUAAGGCCGAUGAACCCGCUGAUUUCUGGCUCGCGCAGGAGCAGCCUGGAACACCAGCAGGCGCAGCACACAUCGCCUUCCCAGCCCCCAGUAAAGAAGCCGUAAAUACAUUCUUCAUCUCUGCCCUCAAAGCAGGCGGCACAAUCCACGGAGAGCCCAAAUGCCGUGACACCGAAACGGGGUAUUUUAGCGCUGCUGUUGUCGAUUUUGAUGGUAAUAGUAUCGAGGCUGUUUACCGGCCUGAUCCUGCCAGCAGCACCACGAAAAGUGAGACGGGCUCAGUGGCGAGAUCGGAGCGGACGACGACAAGGGGCCCAUCGGCGCUGCAGACGAUCAAGAAUGGAUCUGUCGUCUCGAGAGCGAGGUCCGUGAGGACGACGGAGGAUAGAGCGGUGCAGGCUGCGAUUGAGAAUAUUCCACCGUCAAGGGUGAAGAUGUUGGAUCAGCAGGCACCUGCUUAUCAGCAACAGCAGGCGUAUGCUCCGGCGCAACAGAGUAGUGAUAAUAGUAUAUCCGCAAAAACGAUUAUCGGAACUCUGCUUGGAGCUACGGCUGGCGCUGCGCUGGCAUAUGCCAUGAUCAAGGGUGACUCGUCUUCGAAUUCGUCCUCGCCGCCUCAGUCAUCUGCGCCUGUUCCUGCGCCGGCUCCAUCUCAAUACAUUCAGCAACCGUUACCACCGCAGCAACAACAACCACAACAGCGCCUCCAGCAACAACCCCACCAAAUGUCCAUGUCUCUUCCCAUGCUGAUGCCCAUGCUCGGCCCUGCACCAGGCUACCAAGAGCAACAACAGCAGCAACCCGUCUACCGCGCUCUUGAGGCUCCUCCUACCGUCCUCGCCCCAUCUCAAGCAGCGCGCAGCGUCUAUACAGCCAACGACGCAAUAUCAGCAUAUACACGCUCGACAGCACCAAAAAGCAAAUCUCCGCGCGCGGACACCAUCUACGAAGAGACCGAAUACUAUCCACCCAUAACCGAGGGAUCCGUCGCUCGAUCAAUCUAUUCUCAAGAAUCCAGCACCAUAAAUGGCGGUGGAAGUAGCGGUGGUGUACGACGCACAUCAAACGGAAGCAUAUACGCAACCCGCGACCUACCCAUCCGCGCAAUCGAGUAUGGAAUGAGUACCAUCUCAACCUCACAGCAUUCGCAAUCGCGUUCCGAGAAGGUACGAUCAAAAUCGUACCCCUGUGAUCCCAGCACGUUCAUAAGUAGUUAUGCUGAGACGCGCCAGCAGCAACAGCAAGGGCACAUCAUCGGCGAAGCAGAAAGUGACUUUUCAUCAAUAUCGACGAUCAAACCAGUCGCGAAAUCGGUUGCGUCUUCGCAUCGUUCGUCGGCGACGAUGAAGUCGAGUAGCAAACACUCAACGCACCGCCAUGAAGAAGACCUCAUCGACGCCAGAGGAGGUGGUAGUACCGCAUCAUCAACCCGCACAUCAGCAUCAGCAGCGCACAAGGUCGCGCUACCAGACAGUCGGCCGGGGUCAACAUACACAUCAGCAACAAAGACCUCCAAACGCAGCAGCGCAACAACAAUCAAAGACCUCAGACGCGACCGCGAUCUAGUAGACGCCUACGAGAUCCCGCUGCCAGCAUCCGCGGCCCCGAGUACCGUCUUCCUCGACGCCGUGGUGGACAUCACACCGGAAGAUAGUAUAAGCCAAGUCGGGGUGUCCUCCCACAGCCACCACCAAGACAACACAAACAAGUCCUCAUCCGGACGCUCGCACCGCUCUAGAUCCGGUCCUUCAUCCCAAUCACAAGCCCCGUCGUCCGCAUCCAAACGGGAAAAGGAUGAAGACUCUGGCAGUAAAUUCGAUCAACCCCUCAAACCGAGCGAUAGUAUCAGUCAGGUAUCGAGUAAUCAUCGCCACUCCUCGCACCAUAGCCACCACAGCCAUAGUCAUGGAGGGCAUCGAGGCUCGUCGAGGGUUAGCACAAGCGAGCGCUCCGGUUCUGGGAAGAAGAGUCAUUCUGGGGGGUCAGUUAGGAGUGGGCAUUAUUGA